CUCGUUAUGUGCUGCAGCGAGCGAAGAAGCAGUUGGUUGGAACAGUGAGUCAGAAAUAGAACAGAAAACAGAGAGCAACAUGUGCUCUUUGACUCUAUCGUCCUCCUCCCCACCUCUUCCCACACCAACAUCCUCUUUCUUCACAAUCAGCUCCGCACUUUCCAAAUCCCAAUAUGGCCCUCCUCCCUUCUUAGCUUCCUCCUCCUCCUCUCGCGUGGUGGCGUGUCACGUUGGAUCCAAUUCCAAUGCCCAACAACACGUUGCCACCGACCUCAAGUUCGUCCUGCACGACGCUCUCCAUGCUUAUGGAAUCGACACCACCCAUGCCAGAGAAGCUAGGGAGCAAUUCUGCUCACAAAUCGGGAGAUUCACUGAUAUUGAAAAGGAAACCAGCAUUUGUAUCAACCGGUGUGUUGACUUGGGUAGAACUGCUCUCUACAUAGCGGCAGAGGAUGAUUCCCUCGUGUCACAUUCAUCAGUUCCACUUCCCGUGGAUGAUUUCAUUACGAGAUUAGAUGAUCUUUCAAUGGACUACUGUCCACACUACAGCCCUGAAUAUGAUUCAUCGCCUGAGAAGUUCUUAGAGAGCAUAGAGAGAUUUCUAUAUAUUCACAAGGGUUUCAGGAGAGCCAAUGCCAAUGCAUUGGAACCACGGGCACUUUAUCUCCACUCGGUUUUGACCCAUCGUUCAGGAUCAGCUGCAAUGUUAUCACUUAUAUACUCAGAAAUUCUGAAAAUGCUUCGGUUGUGGAGCCUUUUGUAUUUUGAUGCUGAAAUUUUCUUCCCUCAUGAUGCUCUUACCCUUCCCACGGGAUAUCAUAAGCAGAAAAGCAAGGAGUCAGACCAAGCUCACAUAAUGACUUCAGGAAACCUAUUAGUUGAGAUCUUAAGUGAUCUGAAGCAUGCAUUCUGGCCUUUUCAACAUGAUCACACCAAAACUUUAUUCUUAAGGGCGGCAACUGCUGCUAACUGUGUUGAUAGAUCUGAUUUUGUUGGAGAAAGUGGCUCACAAAUUGCAUCAGCUAAGGCUGCUCAACAUAGGCUAGAUCGAGGUGUUUGGACCAGUGUGCGUUUUGGGGACAUGAGGCGAUCUUUGUCUGCAUGUGAACGUCUUAUCCUGCUGAAAAAUGAUGCAAAUGAGUUUAGAGAUUACAGCAUUCUUCUCUAUCAUUGUGGAUUAUAUGAGCAGUCACUGGAAUACCUGACGAAGUACCGGGAUCUGAAGAACUCAUCUAGGCAAGAGUCAUCAUCAUCAAACUCUCUGAGCAGCUUGGAAGAAGAUGCCGUGGAUAACCUGAUGAUGCGCUUGAAUCUCGUCCUGAUGGAGCAAGGAUGGAGUCGGCCAUCUUAUGCCAGAAAUUUUCUUGGUAAUAACUCUGAACCAUGGUAGUUCCUCUUCCGUGUUGAUUGAGACAACAUCACAGAAGAUUUGCAUCAAGCCAUAUUGGAAAUGAAAGCUGAUGGUUCAUGGCGGCAACUUUUGUUGUAUUUUCUGGACACCAACCGCGGGAUUUGGGGAUACAUGCAGCCGUAGUUGUUCCAGUAACUUACAUGCUUUGCAAUCAUACAAAUAGAAGGGUGGUUGCCAACUGCUGAAGUGGACGGGAUUGUCCAAUAAAUAGAGAUAUUACAUUUACACAUAAGUGGAUUGAAGGUAACAACCAUAUAUUUAUAUUUAUGUACCUUCUAUACACAUUUACUCUGUAAAAUUCAUUUAUAUACUAAACAGGUUUUCCUCUGACAAUCUAAUAUAGAUAUGAUAGCAGAAGUAUUAUUGUUGCCAUA